CCAAGUAUUGUUCAGUAUCGAAAAUGGCGGCGAAGAGUGGUGGUCACGAUGAGUGGCCCACGGUGAUGAAGCCGAUAUUGGGGAUAUCGCCGCGUUCGUUUAAUAAAAAUGACGUUAUCGAUCUCGUAAAGAGCAUCGUUAAAAGCGAAAACAAAUUUGUCUCCCACGAGGAUCAAUACGAUACUUUUUACACGGCGGUCGCUGCCUUGUCGGCGGAUUGUAUUAGCGGUUGCGCAAAUACGUUUGCCAAAAGUCAAAUACCUAUUGUUUGUCAAGCAUGCAAAGUGCUGCUUACUUAUCUUGUGGACAAGUUGUCACAACAACAAGCGCAAUCUGGAGAUACCGCAUCGACGGUUUUGACUACGAAGCAGUUACUACUCCCGAUACGUGCGCUAUGCACAGGACAAUCUUUACUUACGUCUGCGGAAGAAAUUGCUCUUGUUUCUGUAAUAAAAAAUUCGAAAGUACCGCCUUACGUAACAGUUUUGUCAGGUGGAAAAGAAAAGGAGUCCGCUCAGCAAUCUGUCAAAGAAUCUAUGCGGUCUCGUUGCGACUUGUCCACCAGUAUUCUCGAGCAGUUGACAAUGCCGUUGCAAGAUUUUUCAUCAUCUUCAAUUCUCACUAAUGAAAGUUCUAUGGAUAGUACGAACAAAAAUACUAAUACCGCUGCAGGCGAGACACAUUCUGACACUAAGAUGAUGUUUAUUGCAAACAACAUAAGCACAUUGCAGAAUAUGGGAGCAGGUGAUACGUUGUUGGAUAUGUGUUUAAAUCUCCUGCACUUGUCACGUUAUACCAGAAAGUAUCAAGCUUAUUUAUCUAAAAAAGGAUUCAGCUUACCAGCGAAUACCUCAGAAGCGCAUACAAUAAGGCACAGUUUACACUCUGUCGUUAGUGAUAUUAAUAUUGUACAUAAUGUGAUAUCACUCCCGAUACUUGAACCUUUGACACCACAAAAGUUGGAAAAAUUGUCGCUGCUGACUAUGUCUUGUCUGUAUUGUUCAAUCGCGAAUGCAACAGCGUCAAGCAUAGUUGGCAUAACAAAUGCAGUAUCACCUAAAUGUAGUACAAAUACUGCAGCAAAUAGUCAAACCAAUCAGAAUGCAAAAACUACUGAUGAGGAGUACGAUACUUUAGCAAUUACGGUUGUUGAGAAGAGUUUAGAAAUAUUUGGCCAAGUAUCAAAUGUUAUUAAAAAUAGCACGCGUGCAGGAGGACAUAUUCUGCAAAAUCAUUUACUUAUUGGAGUAUGGCUUCUAGUCGCUGGAUUGCAAGCGCAAUUAACUGUGAGCAGUUUUAGUGCUGCAGAUAAAGGAAAAGAAGAAAAGGGAAAAUCACCAAGUAAAGCUCGUGAUGGAAGUGGACGUGUAAAUCUUAUGAAAGUGCAACAAGGAUUUGGCGUAUUAUCAGUGGCAUUAGCAUCACAUGCACUGAAUUUAAUGAGCGCGCUUCUGGAAGAUGUAUCGAUUGAAGCCAAUUCCGAUGUGGUUGUGGCAGUUCCUGAACCAGCGCCACUGGAUAUCUUGUCUACCGCUACAGCAUUGCAAAGAGCAGUAACGUUCCUACAAGCAGUGCCAUUGAAUCAUCUGCUAUUUUAUCUGGCUACUAUUAGUUACAGAAAGGCAUGUACAUUGAAAAGAGUACAAAAACAUCCUUUAGAAGGAGAUGCAUUGAGUCAGUCUGAUUCUACUACAUACUAUGAAGAUCUUUUGAGUUGCUCGGAGAACUCCACUGAUGAGGAGGAGGACAGCGAACCUAUUUUAGGAUUAUGGUUUGAGGAAACUAUUGCUCCAUCGGACGAGACUUCAACAAAUGCUAAUAAAGAAACAAAUAACGAAGCAAGUGCGGAACGCACUACCAUUACCACCAUUGUUCCUGAUAAUCGAGAGCCCCAUGGUUACAUUUCACUUGCAACAAAAAUAUUUCAAUUUAUGAAUAAGCACUUAAUUGGUAGCAGAAGUACGUACGUUCGUGAAUAUGUGGUUAAUGGCUUAGUUGAGCAACAAAUGGUAAUAUUGGCGGCAAUUAUAAGAGAUCUAGAUCACGAAACAGCUAGAACAGAAACAGGCACAAUUUCUGCAUUUUAUGGUGCUACGUUGGGCGCUAUGUAUUCGGAAUUUUCUCAAGCCUUAAGUCGUUACACUCACAACUUACUCGCAUGGAAUACACUAAGUGAAUCUCUGCAAAAUACUUUGCUUCAACAUUUGGGAGUGAGUCCUUGGUCUACAGAAAGCAGUAGCUCUACCACGUGGCCUCUUCAAGUGUAUCCACGAACUCUCAGCGUACUGGCACAGGUGUUGCUGUUGAAACCGCAAUUAGAAAGAGAAGCUGCGUGUAUAAGUAUAUGGCAUCGGUUAGUAACAACUAUGGUUGAGAAUGUAUGCAAUCCUCAAACAACAUAUGAAGCUGAAAAUGAAGAUUUAAACGUCGAACAUGCCCAGUUGGUUCUCUUCCUAUUUCAUUCUCUGAAUUUAAUGCAAAAGAAAUCUGUAUUACUUGUAACUGGAAGUGGUGCAGUGCGUUGCAGCGAAGCAGUCAAAACGCCAAUGAAAGAUUCUCAAUUGUUGCACUUAUCGCGACUAUUAUUAUUACUUGAAUACAUGAUGAAGCAUCUGUAUGAUGCGCAUCCGGUAUUGCUUGAACAAGUGCAAUGGAAUCUAUUUUCUGCGACAAGUUUAGUAUGCGAUACAAAAGAGGGAAAUAAACAGACUGCCAGGGCUUUUACUCCAUGGGUAGAAAUAGAAGAUAAUUAUCGUAAAUAUGGUUCACAAGAUGAAUUCUCAAUGAAACCACGUUUUUAUAAUUUAUCAAGAACAGAUUUUAAUAACCAGGACGCACCGAAGUUGGAUGGAUUGGCCUGCAACUUUAUUUUGGGCACUCCCGAUAAAAUGAAAUAUCCUCUCUUGGUUGAUGCAUUGAUCGAUAUCCUAAACGUACUCAAUCAAACUGAUAUGCACAGAAAAGGCAGUGCUGAUAAUAAGGAAAAAAUUACAUUUACUGGACUAUGUGCAAUUCAGUAUUGCUUUUCAAUAUGUUGGGAAUUAUUAUUGAUGUUGCCUCCCUCAACUCCUUAUAUGAAUAAACUGGCUCUUGGUGAGGAGAUACCUGCUGGACCUAUGCUGCUUCACUCGUUGAUAUGGGGGCCCAGAGCUGCGUAUAAAACUUUUACCGGUUGGAUGAAAGACUGUUUAGUGAAGCAAGGAAUGUAUACGCAGUAUGCGGAAAAUUUGUUAAAAACAGUAUCAUCCACCGUAAACUCUCUUAAAUAUGACGUUACCCUCGCAAAGAAUUGUAUCAUUUCGCUUAAACCCGAAUAUAAUGCUACUGACAAAAUAAUGCCAAAAGCAUCAUUGCCAAAACUUGGUUCGUUAUGUAUACUGGCUGCAGUUGUAGGAAAGCUGCAAGUUCUUAUGGAUGAAAGUAUAUCGAAAAACUCUACUGAGAAUAUUGAAACUUCCAAGAGUACACAGAAUGCGGAUUCCACGCCUUCAAACAGGACUAAAAUGAUAAUCGAGAUCCUACCGCAUAUUUUAUCGUUGACAGAUGCUAUUCUAUUAUCAUGCCGAUCUAACAUAUUGUACCAUACGUUUGAAUCUGUCGAAGAACAUAGGAAAUAUGGUAUGCGAGAUUAUUUGAUUCUGGACAACAUUUUAUCAAUGGCAGGUGCAAAUUGGGAAACGGAAUCGUCAUUAGUUUCAUUUUUACCGAGUUGCGUUAAAUCCGCCCUGGACAAGUGGAAGAGUAUCGCGUUUGCUCCUGUGCCUUGGAAUACAUAUGCAAACGAUAUAAUACCAGCAGAGAGUUACAUUUUUACUACGGUGAAUUAUCACGUCAGUUCCUUAUCUGAACAUCCAACUUUCUCUAUUAAUCCGUCAUUGAAGAAUUUGCUGUAUUGCUUGGUCUCAUUUAUGAUGGAAUACAUCACUUCUGCAACAGCCCCGGAACCACAAUCCGACGUACAUUCUCAAGCCGUGGAUAUUCUCAUUUCGUUGUCAAUGGAUGCUCGUACUGACUAUCUACGAGAGAUGGCUACCAACACUCUGACUAAAUUAUUAGGACAGGAUAAUGAUAAUGAGGCGCGGCUCUUGCGAGAACAUUUGUUUGUGUUAAAUCAUACUUACAAUCUGAUAAUCGAAUACACCGAUAAUACAGAUGGAUCUAUUAAAGUUGUUAUUGAUGAGGAUAUCUUGGAUCAGUGUAUAAAAUAUUGGGAGCGAUUAUUGGAAAAGCCUCUUGGAUGUAAAGCUUUAGACUUGUUCUUCGCGCCCGACUCAAAUCGUAGUCUUGUAUCCAUCUUACUGUCUAUAACGUCACCUCAAGCUUCGCCGCAGUUUAGCACGUACGUUUUCCAGUUUUUCACCGCGUUAUUCAGAACGACUGAGAAACCGGGUGACGGAUCCCUUGAUCGUCUCUGCAAUUCGGUGGCUAGUUUUGCUAAUGUUGAAGAUGAGAAACUACAAACAUGGUUAAGACACGUUAUAUUGGGAGUAACAAACGUACCGGCGACUAUUUCUACAACGAAUAUACCAACGCCCACAGCUGGCACUGCGAAUACAUUGGUAACUGUUUCCGGCACAUCAGAGGAUAGUCAGAAGCCAGAUGAAAGAAAUAACGCAUCUAAUAACGAACAAGCUCAAUGGGCAAUUUCCGAUAAUUCCAGCAAUCAGCCUGUAAUAACUAGUAACGACGAGCAGCUUACAAUUCAUGAGAACAGUCGUUUCUUGCGGGCACUUACAAAUUACAUAGUGAAAGAUAAAAGCAAUUUUAGUGCGAACGUCUCGAUAAAAAUUCUUCAAGUUCUCAUACCACUGACGUACCAUAUUUUAUCUCCUACCAUCGAAGGCAAUCGGUUUGUACACUUAAUGCACAUUAUGUCUACAUUAGCUGACGCUGGACUAGAAAAAGGACACACAUUGCUGUUCAAAGCUGCAAUUGAAUGGGUCGAGCUCUGCAAGGAGCAGAUAAUGAACAAGGAUCCGCAGUCCUUCGACAAGCCAUCGCCGUACAUUGAAGCGGAUUGCUGUAUAUUGAACUACAUAGCCGACAUAGUGGGCGCGAUUUGUCCGCAGCAGGCGCAAUCUCAAGAUCGAGCCAUUAGCCCACCGUGGGAGGGUGCGGUACCGAAUAACGACGUGAACGAUAGCGAUUGGGUGGAUGAAAUUCCGCAUGACGAUGAUGAUAGCGCGGCUGAAGAUUCGGACGAGGAUAGUCUCUGUAACAAACUGUGCACUUUCACGAUCACGCAAAAGGAGUUUAUGAAUCAGCAUUGGUAUCACUGUCAUACGUGUAACAUGGUCGAUGGAGUCGGAGUUUGCACGGUAUGCGCACGAGUCUGUCAUCGUGGCCACGAUGUCACGUACGCCAAAUAUGGAAAUUUCUUCUGCGACUGUGGUGCCAAGGACGAUGGAUCGUGCCAAGCGCUGACGAAGCGUAGCCCGCAGAGUUCGGAACAUCAAGUAGUCAGUAACAUGCCGUACAACAAUGCUGGCGCACCCGCGGAAAGCAACCUGCUUCUCACGAGUAGCUUGCGCCGAAGAGCAUCCAGCCCUGUGCAUUUGUACGACAAGCAUGAGAGAAGUGGACGCGACACUCAGAGACAAACGUAUUUAGCGAAGCAAUUAGAAUCGUCUAAGGAUUGGAUAUAUUCUCAACUAUCGAAGAGUGGAUUGGUAUCUUCAUUGGUGGACUUGAUGCGCGUGUUGGUACCCGCGGUGGAUUCGUCUUGCCAACGAUAUUCACCGGUUGGUUGUCACGCGCGAGCCCAAUUGGCACUUAAACGCUUACACACACUUGACAAGAAGUUCGAGCAUACGGAUCAGCUUAUGUUGCCAACCUUGGGAUCCCAGGAGGGCGCGUUUGAAAAUGUUAGAAUGAAUUAUUCGGGAGAUCAGGGUCAAACGAUCAGACAGUUACUGUCCGCUCAUAUGAUACGACGUGUCGCCAUGUGUUGUCUGUCAUCUCCGCAUGGUAAGCGACAGCACUUAGCUGUCUCACACGAGAAGGGCAAGAUAACCGUGCUGCAACUUAGCGCAUUAUUGAAGCAAGCUGAUUCCUCUAAAAGAAAAUUAACUCUGACGAGGCUCGCAUCGGCACCGGUACCCUUCACUGUUCUCUCGGUCACUGGAAAUCAAUGGAACGAGGAUUUCUUAGCCGUUUGUGGCUUCAAGGAUUGUCACGUGCUUACAUUCAACAGUUCCGGAACGGUGUCCGAUCAUCUGGUAUUACAUCCACAGCUCGAAAGCGGGAACUUCAUUAUUAAGGCGCUGUGGCUUCCCGGCGCACAGACGCAGUUGGCGUUAGUCACCGCCGACUUCGUUAAAAUUUACGACUUAGGAAAGGACGCCUUAAGUCCGCAAUACUAUUUCCUUGUACCGACAGGAAAGAUAAGAGAUUGCACUUUUAUGCAUGCAGAAGACGGUACGUUCCACAUGUUACUUAUGUCAUCUGCCGGAUAUAUCUACAGUCAAGUAAUGGAUGAGGAGAGCCAAGCCAAGCACGGUGCUUUCUACGUGACAAACACGCUAGACGUUUAUCAUCCGGAAAUAAAAGACACUGGUCAAGUAGGUGGUGGAGGUGUUUCCAUUUACUAUUCUCACGCUCUGCAGUUGCUAUUCUUCAGUUAUGUUUGCGGCAAGAGCUUCAUAGCGCCGCUGAAGCAUAUGGACUCUGACAUUACGGUGGUAUUUCAAAUUAAUCUCGCCAGUAACAAAACGAACGGUAAUAAAUCCAACAAUAAUCAGCCGCAACCGUUGUGCCAAUGGAGCGAGGUGGCGAAUCAUCCCGGAUUGGUCUGCUCCAUCUUGCAGACCAGUAAUAAUCCAGUGAUAUUGAUGAUUAAGCCCGAUACAAUUAUGAUACAGGAGAUCAAAAUUAUGCCCGCGAAGGCAAAGAUCAUGGACAUGGUCGCGAUUCGACAUCCCAGUUCGAACGCCGAGCACCGCACGACUCUGAUACUAUUGUGCGAAGACGGAAGCUUGAGGAUCUACAUGGCCGGUAUGGAGCAAACCGGAUUUUGGAUGUCGUCCACUGUGCAGCCGAUUAGCACUACUUCCGGCAUCAAACCGACGCGGAAGAAGAAAGCUAAUAAAAUGGGAAAACCAUCAGGAUCUAUCACAUUUCCCAUUGACUUCUUCGAACAUUGUCAAGUGAUGAACGAUGUCGAGUUCGGUGGUAACGAUCUACUGCAGAUUUAUAAUGUCGCGCAGAUCAAGCAUCGUUUAAAUACCACCGGAAUGUACGUGGUUUCUACGAAAUCUAUGGGCUUCAAUGUGGAAGUUACGAACAACGACGUGAUUUUAGUAAUGACGGGAAUAAGAGUUCUCUUCGGCAAUCAAGAUAUUCAAAAGGCACCUCUGUACGUCGAGGUAUUUGGUAGAAGUAUUCGGACUACGCUAACUAGGAGCCGGUGGUUCGACAUACCUUUAACGAGGGAAGAAAGUCUCCAAGCUGAUAAAAAAUUGACAAUCACUUUUGGACCAUCUCAAGAUCAAGAGGGUGUCAUCAUGGUUGAUUCUAUCAAAAUAUAUGGUAAAACCAAGGAUGCAUUUGGAUGGCCUGAAGAAAUAGAAGAAAUUCAAUCUUGUCCACCAACAUCCGCACCAGUGACGACAGUCAAUAACGAAACCGACAAUACUAUCGUUUCUGCACCGUUGUCUUCAAUCAACAACAUAUAUUGUAUCAGAACGGCAAAGGAUAGUUCGGUUAACAUGGAAAGGAUGAUAUCCAGCGUUCUUGAAGUCUUGGAAUCUUCAUUUAUCUUAUCCUCGCACGAUGACAACAAAACCUCACUGAAAGCUACAGCCAUCGACGUCGCAUCACGGUUAUUAAUAUUACCAACUCCACCAUCAGUGCAAAUGCAUACGACAGCUUUGUUAGCUGCUCUUCACAGCACUAAACAGACUUAUCAUCUUCACAAGGAUCAUGCAUUGUUAUCGCAUGUACUUGAGUCUUUGAAAUCAAUGAGAGAAGCUAAUGAUCCUGCGGAUAUAGAUGCGGAGAACUUCUACAGACUUGUACUUAUUGUUCGUGCUAUUGCCGUUUCCCGCCCGCAUAAUCUUGCGAAAUUUGCUGAACAAUAUGCGAAUAAAUCAAUUGACGAAAGUACCGUACCCGUUUUCGAGAAAGAUCGUCUAGAAGCUCGUUCGAGCACGAAGGCCGAUGUAAAUCAACAUCUGGUUAUUCAAUUAAUGGAGAUACUGUGGUCUUUACAUAUGGCGUAUCCGAAGAAUAUGGCACUUGCUCCCGUAGUCGUGCCGGGACUUACGCACACCGAAGGAACGGUUCACGCAAUCGUCGAAAUAAUUCACGCUUUCACGAUAUGCGACGUCGAAAAUAAUACCGCGAUAGCCGCCAAAUUGUAUCUGCAGUUGUUACUGUCUUCAGAUACCACCAUCAGUUUUAGCGCCAAACAUGCGAUAAUCAGAGUGCUCAGGCCUAGAUACAGACGCAGAAGAGUAUAUAUUCCGAGUCCGCCCAACUGCAGUACUCCAGGUGUAGUUGCUGAAACCGAAGAAAAAUCCGCGUCCGUUCCAUCACAGGCAUCUCAAGAUACCGUAGAGCGCGAUGUGGAACAGCAGUUUGACAUCGAAGCUGUCGAGGCAGUGGACAGAGUGGCGGUCAUGCUCGGCGCCGAAGGCAAUCAAAAUUCGGCCGCCGCGAGGGUAGUUAAUCAUCCAUUAGAAGCGCUGCUCGGUGCGGGUAAUUUCCCGCAGUUGCUCGAUAUGCCGCCAGACGCUGAUGACGAAGCGAUGGUAGAACUUGCGAUAGCUCUGAGUUUACAAGACCACGAAGGAGCUGCUGAUCUACAAGCACUGCGACAAGGAUUCCAGCAAGGCUUCCCUAAUUUGCAGGGUAUACAAAGUCUUCAGAAUCUAAGCGGCUCCACAUUGCAAAGUUUGCAAAAUUUAGCGGCGCAGGGAUUGGUCCAAGUGCCAAAUGCUGCUCAGGCCCAAGAAGGUGGACAUUACUCUGAUACGACCGCUUCCGCGGGUGGUUCUGACGAUGAGGGAUCAACCGCUGCCACCGAUGGUAGUACUCUUCGGACAUCUCCAGCCGAACAAGGUGGUAGUGGUGGUAGCAAGGGUAGCGAGAGCGGUGGGAGCGAUAGCGGAGGCAGCGCCGUUGACAGCAUGACAGGGGAGCAUAAUGUUUCUGGCAGGAGCUCCGCGUACGGAGACAAUGCUCCCGACAGUGCUAUGCCUCCGAUUGGAAUUGGAGUCAAUCAAGCGCCACGCUCUGAAACUAAUACUCUAGAUGUACCGACAACUUUCACUACUACUGAGCAAGAAGAAGGUGCCGAGCAAGAACAGGGCGUUGAGCAGGAAAGUGACACAACUGGCGAGAUUACUGUGAAACUACAUGCUAUACGGCUUUUAUUGUUGGACAGAUUUACGCAAUUUGUGCCUAAUUUAACAAAUGUUCGAGGAGUGCUUGCCAUUCCAUUUAUGCAGGUUGUGUUAAUGUUGACCGCUGAUCUUGAUGGUCAAGAGGAAAGAGACAAAGCGUGCGUAGAACGUUUGUUACAAAUGCUCGUGAAAGAGUUGGAGAUGGACAAGCCUGAUAUAAACAACAUAUGCGAACGUAGCAACAAGAGGGAAGUUCAUUUGGUUAUCAUGCGCUUACUAAGCGUUCUUAUGUCUCGCUCGAAAUAUGCCGCGAAGACUCCCUCGGAUAAUCCAAACUUUGUGUCACAAACUACUGCUGCGAUAUUGAGCAAAGCUGGUAUUAUCGACUAUUGUCUAACGUUAUUACAGGCCUUACUUGAUUAUUGGAAAACCACCAAUACAGAGGAGUCCGGUACUAUGAUCGGAGGCCAAUUACUCAAGGAACAUCUUACUACAUCGCCUCCGGAUAUGUCACCGUUCUUUCUGCGGCAAUAUGUUAAGGGCCAUGCUGGUGACGUAUUUGAGCCCUAUCCCCAAUUAUUGACGGAAAUGGUACUGCGGUUGCCGUAUCAGGUGCACAAGUACGCGGAAAGUACUGUGGUGCAACCUGCAUUCGAACAGCCAUGGUAUUUCUAUCUUUGUGAAUACAUGAUGUCGUAUCAAACGCCGUUCGUCAGACGACAAGUGCGUAAAUUGCUGCUCUUCAUAUGCGGUAAUAAGGAGAAAUACAGACAGUUACGGGAUCUUCACGCCCUCAUAUCUCACGUGCAGUCCGUACAACAGUGUUGUACUACCGGCGGUUACGAUCCGCCGCACGCUCGUCCGCAUUCUAUCAAUCUACCGUACGACUCCUUGGUGGAAUUGAUCGAACAUCUCAAAUGCUGCGUGGAAAUUGCUACCAGUCGCACAGGAAACUGGCAACGAUUCUGCUUAAAACAGAACACAGUUCUGUCGUACCUCUUCGCCAUAUCGACGCUCUUGGACGAAGGUGUGAGCCCUACAGUGCUUCAGUUGUUGCAAUGCGCUAUUUGUUCAAAUAAUAAGUCUAAAGAAGCGAAGGAUUCUAAGACAAAGGAAUCGAAAUCUACGACUGGUACGAAAGAGAGGCGUGAACGUGAAAAAUCGGAAGAUUCUGAUACGGAGGCAAAAUUCGAAGAGGCACAAUGUUUGACUCUAGUCGAACAAAUUCAAAAGCAAGUGCAUCCUACAUUAUUGAUGAAGUUUAUACAAACUUUCCUCCUCGAAACGAACAAUACGAACGUUCGUUUGCAGGCACAUUCUCUUAUACUAGCAAUUUACAAAAAUUGUGGACCGACAGAUCAAGAAGUUUUGCUGGAUCUUCUAUGGCGUUUGUGGCCUCUGGUUCCAGCUUAUGGCAGAAAAGCAGCACAGUUUGUCGAUUUACUUGGUUACUUCUGUUUGAAAACGCCACAUGCUGGAAAGAAGAUGCACACGUACAUGGAGCAGGCGGUUGCCGUUUUACACGCGCAGAAUCAGUUACUCGCGCGACAUCCUAACGCGAAUCUUUACGUUAAUCUGGCACAGUUCGUUGAAUUGGACGGCUAUUACUUGGAGAGUGAACCUUGUCUCGUAUGCAACAAUCCCGAAGUGCCAAUGGCAACGAUCAAGCUGUCGUCGAUUAAAGUGGAUUCCAAAUUUACAACGACGACACAGAUCGUGAAGCUAGUCGGCAGUCACACCAUCAGUCGCAUCACUCUCCGUAUAGGCGAUCUGAAGAGAACGAAGAUGGUACGUACCAUCAACGUUUACUACAACAAUCGGUCAGUGCAGGCUGUCGUAGAAUUGAAGAACAAACCGGCUAUGUGGCACAAGGCGAAGAAGAUUACGCUUGCCCAGGGGCAGACGGAGGUCAAGAUGGAAUUCCCGCUGCCGAUAGUAGCUUGCAAUCUCAUGAUUGAGUAUGCCGAUUUCUACGAGAAUAUACAAGCCUCGUCCGAGACGUUGCAGUGCCCGCGAUGUUCCGCUAGCGUGCCAGCGAAUCCUGGGAUAUGCGCGAACUGCGGCGAAAACGUGUUCCAAUGUCACAAGUGCCGAGCGAUUAAUUACGACGAGAAAGAUCCGUUCUUAUGUCACGCGUGCGGAUUCUGCAAAUACGCUAAGUUCGAUUACACCCUGACCGGCAGACCGUGCUGUGCCGUUGAUCCAAUAGAAAACGACGACGAUCGGAAGAAGACAGUGGCGACCAUCAAUACUCUACUAGAGAAGGCGGAUCGAGUAUAUAAAACUUUGAUAUCUAAUAAACCUACACUGGAAAUGCUUCUCGUUAAGAUAUCGGAGCAUCGUUUGGAUCGAGGAUUGGAAGAUGGUAUACAGGUAUCUGGCAGUACUCAGGUGAACAGAGCGAUUCAGCUACUUGCUCAAAGAUACUGCGGCGAGUGCAAGACUUCCUUCGAGGAGCUCAGCAAGAUUAUCCAACGCGUUCUAGCCUGUCGCAGGGAGCUCGUUGCGUAUGAUAGAAAUCAACGUGGCCAAGUUAGUUUGCAGUCGUCCUACGGUACGUCCAGUGCGAACGACGUCACGAAGGACGAGACAAUAGUUUCGCCGGUUGGACGCUGUUACGGAUGUGCGUCUGCCGCAACGGAGCACUGCCUGAUACUGUUACGCGCAUUAGCCACCAAGAGUGUAGCCAGAGAUGUUCUGUGCAAACAAGGACUAAUACAAGAGCUCGUGGAGCACAACUUGCGAAAGGGUACGGUACAGAUGCAAGAGGACGUGCGACAGCUGCUGUGCCUUGUCACGAGAGAUAACGCCCAGUCGACCAAAGAGAUAUGCUCGCUUCUAACUAAUCGAAUCACGCUGACACUUCGCGGACGAGUCGCCACCCCUAAUCUCUCGGUCGCCGUACGACACGAAAUGGCUCUUCUCGCGGCACUCGUGCAAAAGGAGGACUCGUGCUGGGAACAGAAAUUGCGAUGCGUAAUGCAGCUAUUUUUAAUGGCUUGCAAAGAGUCGAAAAGUCCCGUCGUAAUGGAAAGCAUCAUAUUGCCGUGUCUGAAAAUUCUUCAAGGUCUUAUCAAACCUGAUCAACCGGUGUCGAAGAAAAAUAAAGAUAAAACUAUCGAGUCUCUGGCGACUGUACAGCCACCGGAAGACGUCAGUAUUGAUGUGGGUAAAUGGAUCAGCGGUGAUCCCAAGCAUUCGUAUUCCGAAUGGCUUCGCCGCAUACCGGCUAAGAAAACGGAACCAUCUGCAGCUAAACCUCUUAAAAAGGAGGAAGCUCGCGUAUUGUAUCUGAUGGAAAAAUACGGGCACAGGUGGCAUCAGCGUUGCAUGAGGCAUCAAGGCGUUCAACCGCUGAGGUUGUCAGACGGUGCCUGGUUGAAAGAAGUUCUCUUUAAUCCCAGUUCUCGUCUGGCACGGCAAGUCGCUUGUAACAUGAUCGAGAGCCUAUGCCAAGGCAUAGAGAGGAAAAAGGAGGUUCUUGUCUUGCUGACGUGUUACUUGGAAGAGUUACGUACUGCCGGCGAGAGCAGCACCGAGUUCCUCACGUUGUAUCAAAGUUUAAUCAGACAGUCGCCUUGGAAGCAAUUCCUGGCAAUACGCGGUGUAAUGACUUUAUUAGCGGAACUCUUGACCCGAGAAAUAGAGGAAUUGCACAGGCUAGAGGAGACUACGUUGACUAGCGAUUUGGCUCAGGGAUACUCGUUGAAGAUGCUCACGGAACUUUUGGCGACUUUCUUGGAACAGGAGAAUAUCAAGCAGCAAUAUAAAGGCCGACUGGUCGGCGCGGUGCUAAACGGUUAUCUCUCACUUAGGAGACUAGUUGUUCAGCGUACUAGACUGAUCGAUGAUACGCAGGAGAAGCUGUUGGAACUUUUAGAGGAAAUGACUACCGGUACCGAAGAGGAAACUAAGGCAUUUAUGGCAAUUUGCGUUGAAACGAUACAAAAACAGAAUCCUCAAGAUGUUCGUACUCCAGUGUUCAUAUUUGAAAGAUUGUGUUCGAUUAUCUACCCGGAAGAAAACGACAUCGGAGAAUUUUUCUUGACGCUUGAGAAAGAUCCACAGCAAGAAGAUUUCUUGCAAGGAAGAAUGUUAGGAAAUCCUUAUAGCAGCUUAGAACCUGGCCUUGGUCCACUUAUGAGAGAUGUCAAAAAUAAGAUUUGUCAAGAUUGCGAGUUAGUUGCACUUUUGGAGGACGAUAACGGAAUGGAACUUCUUGUUAAUAACAAAAUUAUCAGUCUGGAUCUUCCUGUUAAAGAGGUUUAUAAAAAGAUUUGGGUGUUGGAAGGUGGCGAAUGCGAUGCCAUGCGCGUAAUAUAUCGUAUGCGUGGCUUGCUUGGAGAUGCAACCGAAGAAUUUGUCGAAACUUUGAACGCCAAUAGCGAGCAGGAGGUGAACAAUGAGGAAGUUUAUAAAAUGGCAAAUGUAUUAGCAGAUUGUGGCGGUCUUCAAGUUAUGUUGGAUAGAUUGGCGGCGAUACACGACGUGAAUCGUGCAAGACCUCUUCUUCAAGUGCUAUUGAAGUUGUUUAGAUUAUGCGUGAAGGUCAAGAAGAACCAAGAGGUUCUAAGCAAACCCGAAUUGGGAGCUGUAACUGUAUUUUUGGAUGUUCUCCAACGUUGUCUCGCAACAGAAUCGGAAAAUUCUCAAGCAAAAAUUACCGAGCAAUUAUUGGACAUUAUGGAAACAAUACUGACGAACGCGGCAUCGCAACCGUUCAGUGCAUUCGAAGCAUUUUCGCGCACUCUCGGUGGUCCGGAGCAUAUCAAGGCGCUCUUGUCGUGUACGCAGUCCACGGCAGUCAGGCAAAGUGCUAGCGUGCUCGCACAUCUCGCGAGAGUCUUGGCGGCGUUGACUUACGGCAAUAAAGAGAAAAUGGCACUCCUGUGUGAUUACUUCAAACCUGUAUUGAACUUUUAUAAGUUCGAUUUCGAACACACGCCCGAGGAUGAGCAGAAGCUAGAAUUGUUCUGCAUACUCACUCAAGGCAUUGAACGAAAUGCCAUUGGUAAUACGCUGAAAGAUUAUAUCAUAAGCAUGGGCAUAGUGAAAGAUGCCUUUGAGUAUAUUACCGUGCACGCCCCAUGCGUUAAACCCACGCUGUUACGCACAGAUAGCGACGAGCUGAAGGAGUUCAUAUCUAAACCAGCUCUGAAGUAUAUUCUACGAUUUCUCACAGGAUUAGCUACAGAUCAUGACCCGACUCAGUUGACAGUCUCGCAAGUAACUAUUAGCAUCAUCCAUCGGCUGGAACAAGUGUCUUCAAAUGAACACGUUGGCUCACUAGCGGAAAAUUUGUUAGAAGCGUUAUGCACCAAUAAACGAGUAGCUGAACUCAUUGAAGAAGCCCGUCAGCACACGCGUAGCGAGAAGAAACGCUUAGCUAUGGCGAUGCGUGAGAGACAAUUGGGCGCGCUUGGUAUGCAAACGAAUGAUAAGGGCCAGGUCACCGCCAGCGGAACGAUUCUUCAACAGAUGGAAGACCUGGGCGAUGAGACUGGACUGAUCUGUGUUAUCUGUCGCGAAGGAUACAAGUUUAAACCAAAUCUGGUGUUGGGCGUUUAUACAUUCACAAAGCGCUGCAACGUAGAAGAAUUUGAAACAAAGCAACGAAAAACUGUGGGCUACACGACUGUCACACAUUUCAACGUGGUCCACGUGGACUGCCAUAUGUCUGCAGUGCGUUUGGCACGCGCCAGAGAUGAAUGGGAAAGCGCGGCGUUACAGAACGCUAAUACGAAAUGCAAUGGACUACUGCCGUUGUGGGGCCCGCAGGUUCCGGAGUCUGCAUUCGCCAGCUGUUUAGCUAGGCACAAUACCUACCUGCAAGAAUGCACUAGUCACCGCGAUAUAUCUUACUCAUCGACCGUUCAUGAUCUGAAGCUGCUUCUUCUGCGAUUUGCUCAAGAAAAGAGUUUCCACGAGGACACCGGAGGUGGAGGUCCCCAAUCAAAUAUGCACAUAGUGCCGUAUUUAAUACACAUGGCUCUGUAUGUUGUUAAUACAACGCGAUCGGCAACCAGAGAGGAUAAAGCUUUAAUGAAUUAUCUCGAAGUACCGUCAGGCUCGGCGUGGCUCGACAGCUGUUACGAAGCGGAGGGUCCAUUGUAUCAGUGCACACUUUCGUUACUUUUACUUACACCCGCUCGUUGGAAAUCGCAUAGACUUACACACCUCAAUCGAUUACUCGUCCUCGCACAUCAACGUUACGUGUCUCCUUCAGCCACUACGAAGACCAUUAUGGAACCAAGCCUCAAGGAUUACGCUAUUUACAAAAGCAUUCUAAUCUUCUUCGGUCUAGUGGAUUCUAUUUAUGUAAACUUCUUCAAGAAAGUAAAUGUUUUAUCCGACGACCAAUGGCCUUCGGUUCUGGCUGAAUACAUCAGGCACAAUGACGAAGCCAUGCUAAAAGCCUCGGAACGCGUGCUUUCAUCGUACCGCGAUGAAUUAUUACCGUGCACAUCAUUCGACGAGUUUUGCGAUAUUGUUGGCUUAUUAGAAGAUAUAAGGAAUCCCACUCUGUACUUUACUGAUGUCCUGCGACGCCUUGCUUGAAGAUACGGGAAAUUCUCAUUGUGUAGCUUACUGCAUUAUUGUUACCGGCGAAUCGAUUUUUCUUUCUCUUCUCUCGCCCAAUCAAUAUAAUCCUUUUCAAGACUUUUAUAUCGAGAGGUUUUUUGUGUCCUAAUAAUUAAAAAUUGAGAUUCGACGUGAUAUAUGUCCGACACAGAACGGAACUGUUCAGGGUGAAUAUUGCGUUAUACAUAGUGAUGAAAGAUAUAGAUUACUAUAAAUUAUUCUUCAUCGCUGCUAUAAAUCUUUACUUGUAGACAGUUGUGUAUAUGGAAAAAAAACUUAUGCUUUAAUAAAGUGCAACUAAAUAAAAGUGUUUAAAUAUAUAUAUA